ACACAAAGCAAAAUAUGCCAUAGCAGGCUGCUGAUUGCUGCCUCCGUUCAUACACAACGCCUCCUAAAAGGUCUCCGAGUCCUAGCUAGGCAUCAUUUCCUGUCACUCUCCGCCUCGGCCGUAGUGGAAGAGAGCUUCAUAUUAGAGUAUUACAUUCGACUUUUCCUGAUGUGGCAAUUCAACCAGCUUCUUCUUCUUCUUCUUCUCCAUGUCUGAUCACUCGCCAUCACCGGCUUCUUCUCCAUACAGGAGUUAGUCUGAUCCUGAGCUAGAAAGGAACUCUCUCUGGUCGCCAUGCCUUGUUGCUCUUGCUGCUUCGGCGUUUCCAACAAGAAAGAGAAACACGCCUCCGAUCUCUACUCCCGUUCCAUGAGCAGACUGUCAUCUGAGAAGAAGAUCAAGCUCUUCUCCUACGCGGAGCUGCGGUCGGCGACCAACAACUUCCACCGGAGCAACCACAUCGGGCGAGGCGGCUUCGGCGCCGUCUACAAGGGUGCGCUGCGGGACGGCGGCGGCGACGUGGCGGUCAAGGUGCUGUCCGCGCACUCCCGGCAGGGCACCAGGGAGUUCCUCACCGAGAUCGACGUCAUCGCCAACGUGGACCACCCCAACCUGGUGUCCCUGCUGGGCUGCUGCGUGGAGGGCCGCCACCGCAUCCUCGUCUACGAGCUCCUCCGCAACGGCAGCCUCCACGGCGCCCUCCUCGCCUCCGCCAGCGACCCCUCCAGGCUCACCUGGGCGAUCAGGCGCGGCGUGUGCGUCGGCGUCGCCAGGGGCCUGGCGUUCCUGCACGAGGAGAUGGGGUCCGGCCCCAUCGUGCACAGGGACAUCAAGGCCAGCAACGUCCUCCUCGACGCCGGCUACGGCGCCAAGAUCGGCGACUUCGGCCUCGCCAAGCUCUUCCCGGACGCCGCCACGCACGUCAGCACCCGCGUCGCGGGGACCGCGGGGUACCUCGCCCCGGAGUACGCGCUGUACGGCCAUCUCACCAAGAAGGCCGACGUCUACAGCUUCGGGGUGCUGCUGCUGGAGACCGUCACCGGCAAGAGCAGCUCCAGGAGCCUCCAUUUAUCCGACGAGGGGGACAAGGUGCUGGUGGAGAGGGUGUGGGAGCUCUACCAGGCCGCCAACCUCAGGGACAUGAUCGACCCGGCGAUGGAAGACGGGUGCAGCGAGGAAGAGGCUGUGAAGUACAUGAAGGUGGCGCUGCUGUGCACGCAGGCGACGCCGCUGCGGCGGCCGUCGAUGCCGCGGGUGCUGGAGAUGCUGGAGAGGGAGGAUGUCCGGUUGAGGGAGAAAGAGCUCACGGCGCCGGGCUACGUCCUCAGGGACAACAAGGACAGCCACUCCACAUCCAUGGUCGUUGCUUCGCACACCUUGACGGAGUUAGCGCCAAGGUAAAAAAGGUUCGACCGUUCUGAGUAACUAGCUAGCUAGUAGUAAUAGGAUUGAACUGACAAGCAGAGACAUCAACCACACACUGAGAGGGUCUAGCAGUCCUUGCCAUGAAUGAUACCAUCAUUGUUUUUUCUUCGAUAAGAGCCAAAAAUGCAUUUGGCCUUUGCAUCGAUGUAUGCAUGCAACCAUUUUUAGUAUUGUUCCAUAAUUUUGUAAGGCAGCCCUUUGAUUGAGUAAUCCUAUCAGGAAGCAACCUGCGCAUUGCUUUUUCA